UCGUUCGGAAGUGUUUGGAUUUCCAAAUUCACCCAUAGUUGACUAUGAAUCAUACAAAAUAUUAUUGUGAAAGGUUUUCAGUGUAAUUUUUUUCAAUUGUUCUUAAUUAUAUCAACUAAAUAUUCUCUUUCGCGUGGUGAACUGCAAUGUCGGGAAAUACGCUUCAGAAAGCUAUAGAGCUGGUUACCAAAGCAACGGAAGAAGAUAAGAAGAAGAAUUAUGAGGAAGCCCUGAAGUUGUACCAGCACGCCGUGGAAUAUUUUCUGCAUGCAAUCAAAUAUGAAGCCCAGAGUGACAAGGCUAAAGAGAGCAUUCGUGCCAAGUGUGUGCAGUACCUCGACCGUGCCGAGAAACUCAAGACGUACCUCGGCAAGGGAGGGAAGAAACCUGUGAAAGAAGGCAGCUCUGGCUCCGGGUCAAAAAAGGGAGGGGACGACUCGAGUGACAGCGGUGAUGAGAAGGACCCAGACAAGAAAAAGUUUGAAGGAGCUCUUUCAGGAGCUAUUGUUAUGGAGAAGCCUAACAUCCUGUGGGAUGAUGUUGCGGGGCUCGAGGGAGCAAAGGAGGCUCUGAAAGAGGCUGUCAUCCUGCCCGUCAAGUUUCCACACCUCUUCACAGGCAAAAGAAAGCCAUGGAGAGGAAUCUUGUUAUAUGGGCCCCCAGGGACAGGGAAGUCUUACCUGGCAAAGGCUGUUGCCACGGAGGCAAACAACUCCACAUUUUUCUCUGUGUCAUCAUCAGAUCUUGUGUCCAAAUGGCUUGGAGAGUCAGAAAAGUUGGUAAAGACGCUAUUCAACAUGGCUCGUGAGAGCAAGCCCAGCAUUAUCUUCAUUGAUGAGGUUGAUGCACUGUGUGGAUCUCGUAGCGAGAAUGAGUCAGAGUCUGCACGCAGGAUCAAGACAGAGUUCCUUGUGCAGAUGCAGGGGGUCGGCAAUGAUGUAGAUGGAGUGUUAGUUCUAGGAGCCACAAAUAUACCCUGGACUCUAGACUCUGCUAUCCGAAGACGGUUUGAGAAGCGAAUAUACAUACCCCUGCCAGAAGCACCUGCUCGCGCCAUUAUGUUUAAACUUCACCUGGGAUCCACGCCUAACUCUUUAACAGAGGAAGACUUCAGAGAAUUAGGCACACGGGCAGAGGGCUACUCAGGGGCAGACAUCAGUAUUGUGGUAAGAGACGCUCUCAUGCAACCUGUGAGAAAAGUACAGACAGCAACACACUUCAGAAAGGUGCGUGGGCCAUCACGGUCUGACCCCAAUGUUAUACUAGAUGACCUUCUGACCCCGUGUUCCCCCGGGGCCCCAGGUGCAAUAGAGAUGAACUGGAUGAAUGUGGAUGGGGAUAAACUCCUUGAACCUGUCGUCAGCAAGACUGACAUGCUGAUGUCACUGUCUACACAGAAAGCUACUGUCAAUGAAAAUGACUUGAAAAAACUGGAAGACUUUACAAACGACUUUGGCCAAGAGGGCUAGCGAAUCGUCCACCAGCUUCAAAUUAACUCUCUAUCUAUGUAUUUAAUGGUUUACUCAUAUGUAAAUCAACUUUGAAGGCAACCAAUUAUGUUUGUCAGUGCUGAUACAUGUGAGAAAAAAUGUGAAAAGAAAUGUAAAAACUUGUGCUGGAAUCAUUGUGCAUUGAAUACACAUGUAUGUUUUUGGCAUUGAGUGCAGUCUAGUUCUUGAUGCUUGAUCAAAAUAUUUAUUGUAAGUUAUGGUCUUUAAAACAUUUAAUUUUGAUACCAAUGCUCAUGUCUCAAGGAAACACAGAUUUUAGAUUGAAUAAUGUAUGUAAAUGUCUGCUACCCAAGAAGUUUAAUCUCCAAGCGGUGCAAGUGAGAUUUUCCUGAGCCUCUAAAAUUAUACAUCAUACCAGUUUUAAACGUAAAUUAGACUUAGAGUUAUAUUUAUAUCCGCUUAAGUAUGUCCUAAUUAUGAUAAAUAAGUAAAAUGAGUAUGAACAUAGAUAAGUUGUAUCAAAAUAACUCAUUGAUAAGAUGUUUGAAUCAGAUUACGAGUGCUGUGGAUAAUAAUCUAUUUUGAAACAAAAACAUAUUCCAAGUCCACAUGUAUUUGUGUGUCCAGCAUUAUCCAUUGACAAGUAUAUUUCCAUUAGCAGUUUUCAAUAUUUUACAUAAGGGUGGUUGUCCAUCACGUUGAUUGAUAGAAAAGUUAUAAGAAUCGGGUGUCACUCCGAUUGAUCUUUAAAAAGGCAAAUGGUAACUGAUAUCCGAUUGCAUCCUAAAUGUGUAAUUCACACUGUUCAUUAUAUGUGUUUCUGUUUAAAAAAUUGUAAAUGUAGUUUCGCAAAUAAUAUUAUCAUCAAUUAACUUAAUUCAUUUUGCAAAUAGUCUGCAGUUGGUCACAUUCUUAACUGAUGUUGAAUGAUGCAUUUAGAUAGUACAUGGAUUUCAUUUGAAUACCCAUGUGUUAUGUUCCUUACUGUGUUGUAGUAGAAUAAGACACAUACAUGUACUUUCAAUGUUGGACACUAAGGAAAUCUUAAGUUUGAUUUCAAGAAGUGUAGAAAUACAUGUACAUGAAUUAACAGUUUAAAUUGGAGCUCUCUUGGCUUUGUUUUUAUUUCUACUUUAAGGAAAUUGUUUACACUGGUAGCUUUUGAAACAUUUAAUGUAAGAUCCAGCAAAAUCCCCCCUGACAAAAUACCCCCGCCCCAACAGUUCAGCAAAGACAGACAAAAUUUCCACACACUUUGAAACUAUCUGUUAUUUCGAUUCUGAGUAGGUGUGCUGUAAAAUUUUCUAAAAUGAAAUAUACAACAAAUCUCUCUAAAUUAUCAUUUUUAUUGUGGAGGUUUUGUCCGUCUAUUGCAAAAUUGGGGGUGGGGGAUAUUUUUCAUAUCCCAAAACUGUAUGGUGUUUAUUUUGUACAUAAACACAGUAUGUAUUGUAGUGGUAGUGCUAUCAUUCAUAUCAAUGAUAUUUCUUUUGACAGUGCAUCCAUUCAUUUAGUAUCAAACAAAACCUGACUAUAUUUUAUACCAUAACUCUUGUGUGGCCAUGUGUCUAUCUAUGAAUCAGUAUAAUGUCUAUGUAAUUAUGUUUCUAAAUUGUGAUUAGAUAAUAUUGGACAUGAAUAAUUAUGUUGUUAUUUUUUAUCAUUUUCUUUAUUGUAUCGUUCUUGUUAUAACUAAUAAUGAUACUGUAUACCAAGAACAAUAAAUGUGUUCUUUUUGAA